CACUAGCGCUGUUCUUCACACGAAAAAAUAGUUUACUCGAAAUAUUUAUACUUGUAUGUUUAAAAAUAUUGAAAGAGUCAUCUAACGGAUCAGCGAGUGUCGAUUGAGAUUAACGGGCGAUUGGCAGCAUGUUUAGGGUGUCGCAGGAGAUACAUCUGAAUACAAAUGCGAGUGGUGCAGCCGCAGGUCAUGGUGCAGUUGUUGGUGGUGCUCCCAGUGGCACAGGCGGCAGUGGCGACGUCUUGGCCGGCGCUGCAGAGAGCGCUUGUAUUUUUGGAAAAUAUCAGCGCAUGCCCGAAGCGGAUGCUUAUCCCACAGAACCGCCAAGAGUUUACAUAGCACCCGAAUUGACCGAUCCGAGUAAGGUGCAGUUGCUUCGCUUUCCCAGUGGCGCCGUCCGUAAAAAUUCCACCAUUAGCUUUAUAGUCAAACGCAAUGGAGUGAAGGGUAAUUUUGAUGUCCGAUUGGAGAGUCCUGGUGGGACGCACAGUUUGCCGUUGCCGUUAUCUCAUUUGGAUCCAGAACGCUUUGAAGUCGAAUGCCAACUACCACAGGCGGGCUUGUAUAAGGUGCACAUUAAAUGCAAUUCCGUACCUCUGCCAAAAUCUCCAUUCAUCAUAGUGUCAAUGGGUGGACCCGAUUCUCCAACAGAGACUGCCACAUCUGUCGCAAACAUGCUUUCUUUCAAAUCGGACGCCACAAAGGUUCAAAGCCGGGGCCUGGGUCUGACCCAUAUAAGUUUAUCAGAACGCAACGAGUUUACUGUGGAUGGUAGUACCGCUGGUAAUAAUAUGCUCUUUGUGGGCAUUUUGGGACCACAGGGUCCCUGUGAUGAAGUAUUGGUCAAGCAUAUGGGUCGAAACAUUUACCGAGUGGUGUAUAAUGUGCACGAUCCGGGAGACUAUGUUUUGGCUGCUAAAUGGGGAGAUGAUCACAUACCAGGCUCACCUUUCUGCCUCAGCGCAGAAUAAUUAACAAGGAGGAUGUAAAAACAAUUCCCACAAAAAUAUAUGAUAAAAUUGUCUGUGUAAUUAUACUCUGUUUUAUAUUAACUUUAUUGUCUAGCUUAAAUAAACAACUAUCAGCCUUA